CGUCUUAGACGGACGUUAGUUUUGUUCGUUAUGAAACGUAUACAUAUUUUUUUCAUCAUAAAAACUUUAAUUUAGUGCUGUCGUUAAUUUUAUUGACUUAUUUAUUGUGUGAUUCAAAUAAUAUAACAAUAUAAAUAUAUUAAUUGUUCGAGGAAUUCUUUUGUCGAGUGUUUUGUGUUAAAAUUUGUGUUUUCGUGAUUUGGGAUUUCGUGUCGCAGAUCUAUGAAAAGCGAUCAACGGGAUGGCGUUUAGCAGAGAAUAGACCCUGCAACAAAGAUGGCGUCUUUCGAUAAAGAUAUUGAAAACAGAAAGAGGAGUACAGAAUGUGAAACAGAUAGAUUACCUACAUUAAAACAGAUACAACAAGAAUACACAGAUAAAACAAACAUAGAUAAGAAAUUAAAAAUAACCCCCCUUAAUAUAAACUACAAAAUGAGGAAACCUUACAUUCUUUACAAUAAUUUUCGUUACAAAGAAGAAUUAUCAAGAAGAGUUGCCAUUAAAAGGGAAUAUGGAUUUUAUAACUAUUGUUUUAUAAGUGUCUGUCUGAGUUUCAUUCUAGGAUUAGUAAUCGGCGUAGCGAUCGUUGGAUCACCUCAAACAAGACUGAUCGCACCCAACAUUAGUCCUAAAAAAAUAGUGAAAAUAAACACAACCAGAGAAGGUUAUUCUAGAAGUUUGAAUUCACUUAAAUAUUCAGAUAGUUUAAAUAUAGAGGAGAAUUUUAUUCUGCCUGAAAAAGAAAAGAAUAUGGACAGAUUCGCGACUGUUUCCUUUACUGGUUCUGUCGACCCCCACAAACAUAAAAUAGACGUUUAUCCAAAAGGCCUUACGGAGGACAUGAAAGAUAUUCUCAAAGACAAUAAGGUAUUCCAACACAAACUAUCCAUAACAAACGUGGUUGAUACAAACGUACACGUUCCUAACGCUGAUACAGUCUUAUACAAUAACAUAUAUUGGGGACCGGAAGUCGAAAAUUCAAUGCCACAGGGAUAUGGUGAAAAUUCCGCUGAAAUCUGGGAAAGUUACGUCGACCAGAGCGAAGUAACCAAGAUGGAACCCGGAUGCGGAAGGAUGCAGAAUCGUUUAAUAACGUUCAAAGAUGGAAUCCAAGCUUGUGUACGAUACAGACAGAACACAGAUCAGAUACAGGGUGAGAUAUUCAGCUUCUAUGUUGCCAGACUAUUGAAUUUAACAAAUUUAGCACCGUCUGUUAUUAAAGUCGUCGAUUUGAAAGAUAAACUUUGGCAAAGUGUCGCCAACGAUAUCGCUUCAGCGCAAUGGAACACGAACAGAGCAGUUGUUUUAACUCAAUACAUUCCAAGCUUAGAAUCGGCAACGAUACCGGAAAUAUUCAAGCCUUCAACGCGUCACUUAAAUAAGAAUGACGUGUUUAAAAUGUCUCAAAAAGAAAACUACACCGUUGAAAUUAACAAACAAAUAUUGUUGGACAAACUUAGAAUGAAAAACGUCAAAGCGAAGCAAGAAAUUAUGAACGACUUCGAUUUCAUAGAUGCGAAACUAAAUAAGAAAACUAGAGAUUUAUUUGUUGAAUUAGCGCAAUGGUCAGAUCUCAUUAUAUUUGACUAUUUAACAGCGAAUUUAGAUCGAAUUGUAAAUAACUUAUUCAACUAUCAAUGGAAUGUGAACAUCAUGGAUGGCCCUGCGCAUAAUUUGGCAAGGAAAAUAGACAGUGGAUUACUUUUGUUUCUGGAUAACGAAUCCGGUCUCCUCCACGGUUAUCGGCUUCUGAAGAAGUACAAUGUGUAUCAUAGUUUGAUGCUGGAUAAUUUGUGUGUGUUUAGAAAGAGGACUGUUGAUUCAUUGAAAAGUUUACACGAAAACUCAAUCGGUGCAAAACUUAGUGAUAUAUUUCAUAGGAAAAACAAUGCUAUAAUAAGAGACAUUUUACCGCCAUUGCCAGAGAAGAACGCAAAAGUGUUACACGACAGAAUAGGUAAAGUUUUAAGUCAAAUCGAUAAGUGUGCACAGACUUUUUCUAAUAGAUAACCAUUUGUUAAAUUCACUCGCACUAAAAUCUUUUUUUUUUAUCUGUUUUUUUUUUUAUUCCUGAAAUUACAACCAAUAUUUGAAAUCAAACAAGUUUAGAAGGCACGGUAGAUAUGCCACUAAGACUUUGAUAGCUUCUUUUUACAACUUUUCAAAAAGUCUCCAAGAAUUACAUGUCAUUUUUAAAGUUUCUGUUAAAAACAAAGUCAAUCACAGAUAUUCCUAUGAAUAUGUGUUGCAGCAAAAAAGUUGCCAACAUUAUUCCAGCGGCGACGCAUUCAAAUUACAUAAUUUAACGUUUUUAAUUUUGUCUUUGUAAAUAUUUGUCUAAGUUUCUAUUUAUUUUUAGUGCGAGAAAGGACAAGUGAUACUGAUAAGCGUGUUUCGAUACCAAAUACUUUAUUUAUUGUAAAUGUGCCAGUAAUUGUUUUUGCGGUGAUAUUUAUUUUGUUAUUAUAAUAUAAUUAUUUGUAAAUACGCCGACUGUUUUAUUUAUAAACCGUUUUAUUGUAACUUGUACAAAAAUCACAUGGACCAAGAAGUUAUUCUGUAACAAUAGUUUGUAUAAUAACGGCUAUA